UGAGAAAAGAGGAAGGGACAUAACGAGAGAGAGAGAGACACACACACAGAGAGCGAGUGAGAGAGAGAGAGAGAGAGAGAGAGAGCGUGAGCGAGUGAGAGAGAGAGAGAGAGGGGGGGGAGGGAAAAGGAAAUAACGCCGAUAAAGUGUAUAAAAUCUCGUACGUAGUGUUGCGUUCGUAAAGAGAAGAACUUGUUGUUAAUACGGAGAAAAGGACGCGAACGAAAAGGAAGAAGAAAAAGAUACGGAAUGAUGAUCGGUGACGGCGAUUUGUAAACGAUGUAAGAACUUAAAUGAAUCUUUCGGUGUUAAACGAUAAUCCCUCUGAUAGAUAGAUAGAUAGAUAAAGAAAGAGAGAAAGAGAGAGAGAGAGAGGGAGGGAGAGGGAUAGAGAAAAGAUUCCGCGUAAACGGAAAUGCAUCGAACGUUUUCAUAUUCCGAGCGGUGCUUCGGUUCGACGACGACGACGAUCUAGAUUACGACGACGACGACAACGACGACGACAACGACGACGACGACGACGACGACGACGACGACGACGAUAACGACGAUAACGACACAACAACGACAAAAAUACUCAUAUCCAUUUAUAUAGGUAGAUACGUACGUAUAUACCUACGUACGUAUGUAUUUAUGUAUGUACAACGAUCGACGAGGAGGUGGACGAUGAUGCUGUCGGAGAAAUGUUCUACGGCUGUUGCGUAUCGAUCGGUAUCGUCCCUUCGAAACGACGACGAUCAACUCCGUCGUCCUUUCUUAUUCGUCCAAACGAGAACGAGAACGAGAACGAAAACGUCGUGUUUUUUUUAAACGACGAUACACCCUACAAAGUAAAAAAAGAAAAAAGAAAAGAAAAGAUAAAAAAGAAAAAAAAAGAAAAACUGGAAUUGACCGAGUGAAUGAAGAAAGAACGAGAGAGAGAGAGAGAGAGAGAGAGUGUGUGUGUGUGUGUGUGUGUGUGUGUCAGAGAAAGAAAGAGAGGGAUCAGAACCCGUAUGGUAUUACUAUAUAAACAUAACAUUUGUGUGUCUCUCGUUCUUCUUCUAUCGUCUCUCGUGUCGCUUUCUAACUUAGUCAGAAAUCCAUCGAAUUUAAUUCAUUACGAAUGACGUAGUGAAUAUCAUAAGUAAAAUGUCGUUAUCAUUCUUAUUGUUGUUCUAAUAAUAAUAGUAAUAUUAGUAAAUAAUCAUUUCAAGUGUUUUUGAUAAUCGAAGAGUAAUUAAAAUAAGAGGAUAAAAAUAUUUAUGAUGGUAAAUAAAUUAAGAAAAGGAGUGAAAUUAGCGAAUUAGAUGGAGUUCGAAAAAAGGGUCAACCAAGUGAAAACAAUUAAAUUGUUGAAAUAUAAUGCGGUGCGCGUUGAAGGACGUGUUUUAAAGAUUUAACAAAAAGAAAAAAAAAAAAAAAGAAAAAACAUAGGAAGAAAAAAGAUAAAGAAAGAAAGAAAGGAAGGAAGGAAGGAAGGAAGGAAGAAAGGAAGGAAGAACAACGAAGGAUAAAAGAAAAGAAAAGGGAAGAAAAUUUAAUAUCUAAAGUGUUAAAUAGAGAAAGUGGAACGGGACAAAAGUGGGGAGACAAAAGAGGAUUCGGCAUGUUCUUUGCCGGUGUCAAAAGUUGGCUCGAAACAUUGGGCGGGGUGGUGGUGGUGGAGGAAAAGGAGGAAGAGAAAAAAAAGGAAGAAGAGGUGGUGAAAGAAGAGGAGAAGGAGAAGGAGGAGGAGGUGGAGGAGGAGGAGGUGGAGAAGGAGGAAAGAGCGAGGGAAGAGGUGAAUGUGAAGGUGGUUAAAAAGAUUGUGCUAGUGUUGAACGAGGAGUUGGAGGUGGUGCUGAAGGAGAAAAAGAAGGAAGAGGAGGAGGAGGAGGUGGAGGAGGAGGAGGAGGUAUGGAAGCUGAAACCGGUCGAGCGUCAUCUCAUCACCAGGGGCUGCAGCUCACCCUGCCAUCCCCGGGAAUCUCCGGAUUGGACGUCGUGAGAGCUCUGCACCAGACGGUUAUAUCACUGCGAUCAGCGUUGGAUUCAUCGCGCGAAGAACUUCGUCGAUUGAAGGAAAGUGUCGGUGAAUUUUCCGAAGAGAAAUACGUCGAGGUUGUUGAAAGAUUGGCCCUGGAGAAUCACGUCUUAAGGCGUAGGAUCCUUAGCCGUAGUACCGACUUUUCCAAUGAUGCUGCUACGAGUCCGCAACCGACGUCGCCGUCUUCGCCGCCGCUGCUGCUGUCGCACCAGUCUCGUUUCGUUCCACUUCAAGUAGAAGGAGACCCUACCAAGCCAUCAUCAUCGUCAGUGAACACGGCUAGCGCCACGAUGGAAGCGUCAGGGAAUAAAGUUGUCGUCGAGGAGACGACAGAGACGAUCAGAACAAGUGGGAGCCGGCGAAGUACUGGUGGCUCGAGUCCGGAAACUCAAGCUCGUGGUACAUCGGUGAUACGCCGUGUUCGACGUGAAUUUCCGUCAUUGUCUACGGAGACAUCGGUCGAACAAGAAGAAAACGAAAAAGACCGACAACAGCAACAGCAUAUCUCAGGAGAUGGUACACAGUUUAGAUAUAUUCCGAAUCAGGAUGAUUCCGUUACCAGUGCUAUAGUAUCAGUGCUGUCUAAAGAAAGUAAAGAGGACAUUCGCGAGGACAUCCAGGAUGAUGUCCAGGACGAUAACGAGGGUUCAGUCGUUAUAGAUCGUCUUGAUAUACCAGAAAAAGAUAGUGAAGAUUUGAGUCUUAGGUCUGUUUCCGACGGUGAUAAUUCUGUAUUCAGUGACAAUCCUGAACCUCAAUCGCCGCCUCAGCAAAGACCUAUACAACAGCAAGUUCAACAACAGCAACAUCAAAAUCAGCAACAACAGCAACAGCAUAGACAACAGAGUCAGUCGGGUGAACAAGGGAAAUUAAAUGAUCAAUCUGAAAAUGAUUCGGAGGAGCUCGAUGAUAUAGAGCUGAUAUUUACGACCGAUGAUACCUGUAGGGAUCUAGGUCUUCAAGAGGAUCUCGUUUCCAUCACGGAAACCGAUGCCUGGCAACAACCAAGUCCCGCUGGGCAACCGGUCCUCCUAAAAUAUACCAAAUCCGCUGAUGGGGAAUCUCUUGUUUGCAACGGCGAUAAGACAAGUUCCGUUGAAGAAGCAGUCUCAUCUCAAAGUUCAAGUAUCGAUCGCGAAGAAAGCGUCGAUCGAUUCGACGAGAGUUCCAAUACUAGGUUGAACAAGAUGUGGUCUCAAUGUUCUGUACUCGUAGAAACUGAUAUUAGCAAGUGUGGUGUACUAGAGGAACCUGAACAUUCCACUAGGCAUGCAACUAGGAGAAACACUUUGGCCGCACCCCCGACGGCUUACAGGCCAAUAAUACAUCGAGAAGCUUUGGCUGGUAACCGAAGAAAAAGUUCAGCACCUCUUCGUCCUGUAAUGGAUCGGAGUAGUGGUGCCAAACGUGAGUCAGGAGCACAAACCGACAUUUCGGCCCUCCCGGCACAAUGGCGUUCGGAAAGCUAUCUUGCACACAAAGUGGCUCACACGUUUACAACGCUUCCAAGUAAAUUCGCUUUACCGGCUGGUGUACCCGGAAGGCUCAGGUUGUCUGACAAGACACGCGAGGCAAGACGAGUGUUACUCUCGGACAUCAGUUUCACCAGCAUGGUUCCAGAAUUGUCAAGAAGUGCUGAUCAUCUCUGUCACGAUCCGCAUGCACAGACUUGCUUAGGAUCUCGUGGCUGUGGACACCGUACACCGGAAGUAAAUCGUCGGGAAUCCUUAGGAUCACCAGCAGGCUAUUGGCCUCGUUGUAAUCCAGGAACGGCUUUACCAAGUCCUUGCGAUUGUCGUCUGUCGGCCGAUCUUUAUUCCUCAAGAUAUCGAGGUUCCUUGAGUUCGAUACCAUCGCCAGGAUUAGAAGUCGUGAGUGGUCCACCAAGGAGACACUCUUGGAGAGCAACAGCAGCUUCUUUCGAUACAUGGAGAGUUCCUGUUGCCACUUCUACACCUAGACCGACCUGGUCCUCUAUGCCAUCUUCUCCCACUCAUGUUCACCCACCUGCUACGUCCUCGAGAUCCUCGAAGAAUAUACCAAAGAGAACACGUUCGAAAGUCACUUUUCAAGAGUGCCCAAUGACGCGUGGCAGUUUACCUAACUUGCGAUCAGAUAUAGUAGGUGCCGGUGACAAUAGCGGAGAUUCAACGGAAUCGCUGAUAGACGAGGCGGAGGAUUAUUUACGUCGCAGUAUCGAUUCGAUGCUGACUAUUUCAAGUACCAGUGCUAGUACGGAUUAUUGGAACAGACAAACAGCGGCCAGACGAAGGAGAACUCGAAGACACUCCGAACCUGAUCUUGCACGGGAGUGGAUUCCCCCUCAGGAUGCGAGACCGUACCUGCCAAAGAUACCAAGAGAUCUGAAGUUAGAUCAUCUUGUAAAAGUAAUCUCACCGGAAGGAAGAGUACUUCAAGGUCGUGUACGAUACGUUGGACCUGUUCCUGGUCGAGAAGAUUCUCACGUUGGUGUUGAAUUACCGAACGUUAAUGGUUCAUCCGAUGGAACUUUUCAUGGUAGAAGAUUUUUCGAUUGUGAACCUGACCGUGCGAUCUUCGUGCCGUUCAAAAAGGUCGUUUUGGCUUGGUGCACUGCCUGACCCGAUGCAUCCACUUCCAAAGUAACGCCGAGAAUUUUACUCUCACAAUAUACUAUGUAAAUGUGGAUACGGCGGUAUGUAUGUAUAGCACACAUAAGUUUCGCUAUAACUUUUAUAGUACGUUUGCUGUGGGUAUCGUCUCUCUGAAGUUAAUACAUUUCUUCCAACGAUUUUCGUAAGUGACAAAAGAAAAAUAUUACUUAAUUCUUUUUCUUUUUUUUUUUCUUUUUUUUUUGUCAUGUUCAUACGAAGAAAAAAGAAAAAGAAAA